GUAACUGGCUAUGUUCAUGCACAAAACAAAUAUGUAGUAUCGUCCAUCCUGUAGCGUGGAUCGCUCGUGUUUGAUUAUUUUAUAUAGUUUUUCAUUCUUAUCAAUCAUGCCUAAAGUAUACAAUUUUGGCGCCGGGCCGGCAAAGAUGCCUGAAGAAGUGUACGAGAUCAUACGGAAUGAAUUCACAAAUUUUGAAGGGUCUGGAAUAAGUCUUUUAGAGACGAGUCACCGUUCCAGUACUUAUUUAAAGUUAAAUAAAGAAGUUCAAGAUGUUGUAAGAAGAUUAUUAAAUGUACCACAAAAUUAUAAAAUUUUGUUCUUGGCCGGUGGAGGACAAGGACAGUUUGCGGCUGUUCCACUCAACUUGAUUUCACGGACAGGAACAGCUGAUUAUGUCGUCACUGGUGCAUGGUCAGCUAAAGCUGCUAAAGAAGCAAAAAAAUAUGGAAAGGUGAACUUAGUUAUACCACCGACGGAUCGCUAUGUCAAUAUUCCUGACCAAUCGCAAUGGAAUCUGGAUCCAAACGCAUCAUAUGUUCAUAUCUGCACAAACGAAACUAUACAUGGAGUCGAAUAUGAUUUUAUUCCGGAUACAAAAGGAGUGCCUCUUGUUGCGGACAUGUCUUCAAAUUUUAUGUCGAAAAAAGUAGAUGUUUCUAAGUUUGGCGUAAUAUAUGGCGGUGCACAGAAAAAUAUCGGAACAUCAGGUGUUGCACUAGUAAUAGUUAGAGAAGAUCUUCUUAAUCAAACCUUACCGAUAUGCCCAUCGAUUUUGGAUUGGACGAUUAAUGCAAAAAACGACUCCAUACUCAACACACCUCCGAUGUUUGCUAUCUACAUAAUGGGCAGAGUUCUCCAGUGGAUCGAGAGACAAGGAGGACUAGAUGUAAUGGCUGAAUUAGCUACUAAGAAAUCAUCGUUGAUAUAUAACAUUAUAGAGGAAUCCAAUGGUUUCUACUGCGCUCCAGUGGCUAAGAAUGUCAGAAGCAAAAUGAAUAUUCCGUUCAGGAUUGGUUCCAUUGAAGGAAAUGAUGCUCUCGAGAAAGAGUUCUUGAAGGGAGCCGAAGCGUUAGGCUUGAUACAACUAAAAGGUCACAGAGAUGUCGGUGGUAUCCGUGCCUCAACUUAUAAUGCUGUUACUCUUGAAGAAGUACAGGCUUUGGCCAAUUAUAUGAAGGACUUUUAUAAAAAACAUUCCAAGUAGAAUUUUUUUAUUUAAUUAUUCUUUAUUAUCUAUAUUUUUUUAAUAUUACUGUAUAUCUAAAUUACGUAAUUGUUAAGUAUCAUAUUGUUAUGGCUGUGUCUAUUAAAAAAAUAAAAACCUAUACAUCGCAAA